AGCACCAGCUAGAUUGAAAGCCAACGGUUAUAAUAGCUCGGACUUUCAAGUAUGGAAUGCUGAUUUGUGUAGGGAAAUUGGCGAGUUAGUGUCUAAAGGGCUUCGAUUGUGUCUUUUAGUUAUCGAACACAAGUUUCAGCAUGUGAUCUAACUGGUAUUAAAAGUUUGCUUUAUCUUCAUCAGUGUUAUAGCACUCAUAAAGUACAUUUUGCUUUCAUCUUGUAAUUGUCUAAGGCAACAACUGAAAAUUAUAUAUGAAACAUUUCACAUAUAUUUGGGCAUUUGACAAUGGUCAAGAUUCUUUUAGUGACGUCAGUAAUAACACUUAAUGGAAGUAUUUGCUUACAUUAUCCGAAUGAAAAAAGAUUUUGAAUAAAGUUCUACUACUAACCAAAAAAUCAGCCGAUUUGAUUGUACCCAAGCGGAGAUAUCUCAAUUUUUUAUCACACUGUUAUUUAUGGACCAUCCUGCACUUCUCAAUAGUAUCGAAUUGGCAGUCUAGCAAAUGUAGUCUCACCAAUACUCGUUCCUUAUCAUUUCUGAUUCGACUCAGAAUAGUAAUUAUUUUCUUUUUAAUUUUCAUGCAUGUUUCUGUAUUUUAUUUUGUAAUUCUAUCAUGAAAUGUAUUUCAAUAUAGAACUUUUUCGUGUGACCUACGCUUGGUAGUGUCUUCAAAUAUCAGUUUAACCUUUCUACUCAACAUCCAAGAUCUGAUCAGUUUUAUUUUUCGACAAAUAGGAGCAUCUUCUUCAAAGAUUGAAUCGAAAUAUUCAUCAUCGCUUACUGUAAGCAGUCCAACGUAUUGUCGUACUACUUGCGCACAAGGAAAAUUUUACUACGAACCCCUAACAGUGACCGUGGUCAAAUCUGACAAAUACUACUUUACUAGCAAGAGCAAGAUUGAUACAUACGGUUAUAUUUACAACAACAGUUUCAAUCCGUCCAAUCCCCAUCAAAAUUUGCUUGCAGAAUAUAAUGAUGACGGUGAGAAGAAGCAGUUUAAGCUCAAAGUUUAUCUUCUGUCUUGGAGAACAUAUGUAUUGGUUACAACAACGUACUUGCCGAAUGUGACGGGAACAUUUUCAAUUAUUGCAUCUGGUCCAACAUCUGUAAGCUUUUCUUCGAACACCAGUCAUGUGACAGCAACGAAGACAACACAAACAACAAAACCAAAGACAACAAAAACAACAAAACCAAAGACAACACAAACAACAAAGCCACAGACAACACAAACAACAAAACCAAAGACCACACAAACAACAAAACCAAAGACCACACAAACAACAAAACCACAGACAACACAAACAACAAAGUCACAGACAACACAAACAACAAAACCAAAGACCACACAAACAACAAAACCACAGACAACAAGACUAACAAGUGAGGACUCAGAAACUAUUCAACAGUGCUUGUCUAGUGCAGUCGUGUAG